GCCAAUGUGGACUAGAUUGUAAACACUCGCUGGAAGUGCGCUCUAUGUUUAAAGGGUGAAACAGCUAAUUUUUGUGUGUACAAUUAAAACUACUUUCAUUCACAAACAAGUAGAUAUGGUAUCUCUUUACAGACAUUAAUUCAUCCUUCUCCAGAGCGUCAGAGAGGCACACGAGGCAGUAACGCUGACAUUCUACUUGAGAUGCUACUGAAAGCAGAAUGAAAUACAAGGAGAGUGAGCUGUCAUGGUGUGGGUGAGGAUCUAAAGUAUCAGAAGAACGUGGAUCUCAAUCUGAAUCAGUGUUAAAGAGACGGUGAUCCAUGGCCUAGUCAGUACUUCAGCAGUGUUGCAUAUGAGUGAUCUGACGGGAUACCAACAACUCUCAUGUGAUCCUUUGUCUUUCAGUCUGACCAAUCUCUCCCAGAUGCAGCGAACACGCGGCCCGCGGAGCGAAGCAAAAUGCCUCAAGAGGAAAAAGGGAUUCCUGUCUUUAGUCAAGGGAAUUUCUCCCCUUCCUAUACGAGCCAAGAAACACGUGUACUCUAAAUUACAGCUUUGGAUGUGGAGGAAGAGGAGGGAGAAAUGCUUUUUCGGAGCAAAGAAAAGAGCUCACAGGAUCACCUCCAGCCCUUUACUCAGCGUGAAGACACAGCCACAGGAAAACAAAGUCCCAACCAAUCACACACCAAAGCUAGAAGAUUCAGACACAGCAUCGGCUCUCAGGUGUGACACUGGAGCUUCAGAGGUAACGACCAGAGGUUCGCUUUGUGAAUCUGUCAGUCCGUCAGAAACGUUAAAUCCAUCCAGUUCUUUGCAGAACCAGGUCAAGGACACAAAUGUUUCUGAGGGUAACACGAGUCAAACUUUGCUAUCUCAGAAAACAGAAGCUUUGGAACAAGUCAGUAAAGUUACAGACCCUUUAACACUUUCUCAAACUAUGGAACCUGUGUUGAAUACAGAAAGUGAUGCAUGUGGGUUGAACUCACAUUUAAAUAAAGAAAGGACAUUGGUUCAGGCUCAAAGGCUAGAGGCUGGCGUCCCAUCUACUCCGCAUCAUUUGACUUCUGUGGCUCCAGGUCAGAAUCAGAUUCCAAACAGACACACGAAUAAUGGCAUCAGCAGUAAGUCUCCUCCAACUGACGUCAGACUGCUGGCAAAAGACAUCCAAGAAUUUCUGGAGGAUUUCUACAGAAUAUAUGGUAGUUUCAUCCCAUUACAAAAGAGAGACGUGUUGAGACAUCUGAAGAGGAAGUUCAACACGGAUUUCAGCGGCAGGAAAAAUAUAGUCUUCCAAGAAGUGACCAAAUACCAAGAUGUGAUGUUUCAGGAGCCCGUCCCCUGCUUCCAGGUGCUCUACAAGAAACACACGCUGACUCUGGAGGACUUGUCCACACUGGCCGAUCAGAACUGGCUCAACGACCAGGUCAUGAACAUGUAUGGAGAGUUGAUUAUGGAAUCCGCGCAUCACAAGGUCCAUUUUCUGAACAGCUUCUUCCACAGGCAGCUCAUGACUAAAGGAUACGACGGUGUUAAGAGAUGGACGAAGCAGGUGGACUUGUUUUCCAAGAGCUUGCUUUUGGUGCCCAUCCACCUGGAGGUUCACUGGUGUCUGGUGACGGCCGACAUCGCAAAAAAAAAGAUCUGCCUUUACGACUCUCAGGGGAACGCACUGCAGAAGGUCGCCAGGAACAUCCUGAAAUACUUGAUGGUGGAAGCAAGGGAGAGGAAGCAAACUGAUUUUGAAAGUGGUUGGGCGGUGUCGUACGAUGAGAUAAUCCCACAGCAGACCAAUGAAAAUGACUGCGGAGUUUUUGUCUUGGAGUACUCUAGACGCCUCGCUCUGGAAAAACCUCAGCAGUUUUCACAGAAGGACAUACCAAAGAUACGCAAGAGGAUCUACAAAGAGCUCUGUGACUGUGCGCUCCAUGAACAGGGUUGACCACGAUCAGACAGUUGUGUUUCCUACCCUUUUCACUGAUAAUAUCCGAAAAGGGUAGGAAAUAAACAGCCCACACUUUGAGGGCCUCAGUAUCCGCUGUACUGCAGCCCUUCAGCGCUGUGAGUGUUGCAAUGUUUUUAUGAUUGCUGUUUUUAUGUGAUCAAUAUUUAUUCAGGCAUGGUAUUCAAGAAGAAAUGAAAGUUCCUGUUAGACCAUGGAUUGGAGUUUACACAUCUACACUGCACCAACAGAGCCUUAAUGUUCGGCCUGUCUUAUAAAAAAAAAAAAAAGGUGUGUUUUCUGAUCAAGAUUCUGUACACUUUAUAAGUGUAAUUGUGCCUCUUUCAGCCGUUAGACACAGAUGACUGAAUGAAGGAUAUGUAUUUUAUUCAUUAAAAAAAACAUUUGUUUGUUUUAAUAAUGGAAA